AUAUUAGAAAUAACGUGUUAAAACGAGGAUGUUUAGGAUGGAUAAAAGUUCACGAUGAAACGAACGUACCAUCUAAUUUUAAUAGAUCAAGAUAAAAAAGAUAUGUUUGAUAUUUAUUAGGAUAACUUUGUCUUCUAUUUCCCGCAAAAAUAACUGGAAACAUACUGCGAUUAAAGUUCCUGUAAUUAAACGAAAUGAAGAUCCUCUGUCAAUAAGUUUUUUAAUAUGUUUCCUACGAAGAUUUCUUUUUUUUUUUUCUAUUACCAUGAUUGUCAGUUUAUUAUAUCAAAAAAUUAUAGAACAAUUAAAAAUUACUUCUCAACUAAUUCGUUGAUGUAAUGUUUAUAUAAUAAGUGAUUUUUUAUGUUAUAAGCUUUACUAUGUCAUUUUUGACAGGUUAUAAUAGUUUGAACAUUUGUGAAUAAUUCUAUUGUAUUUAACAUGAUAGUAUAUAAAAAAUGGAACUGGAUUUUGAAAAUAGGACUUACAAGUUUAAUAGGUAUAAGUUCGUUUAUGGGUGACACGUCUUUAAAGUAUGUUCAUACUGCAGUGGCACGUGCAAUUUUAGAUAAUUUAACUCAUGCUAUUGUGGGUGGUUUAACAUGGACGUUGAUCUUAAUUUUAUCAAAGAAGUCUUUCGUACAAAACUUGCACGAUAUAUUCUUCUCAUUUGCCUUAUCUUCUUUCAUCGACCUAGAUCAUUUUCUAGCUGCGCGUAGUUGGAAAUUAAACGAUGCCACAAAUUUAAACAAACGACCAUUCCUGCAUUGUACCACCAUUCCUAUUUUGUUAUGGCUCAUUAUGAAUUUGAGUUCGAUAACUUUCAACUGUCCAUCAUUGAAUCAAUACUCGUGGAUCGUGUCUGCAAGUUUCCUAAGUCAUCAUAUUCGCGAUGCCACAAGAAGAGGUUUAUGGUUUUGUCCGUUUGGUUCUACGCAGCCUAUACCAUAUAACUUAUAUAUAGGUAUAAGUAUGGCAUUACCUUAUAUCUUGCAUUGGUUUAUGCAGUUUCAUAUAUUAUUACCAAAAGUUAGUGAAAACCUAACGGACAUUGAUAUUAUAUAAGAAUAGUAUAAAUUUGAAAUAUUAUGGUACAGAUGAUAUAAUAAGAAUUAUUUUAUAAACCAGUUUGACUAGUGUACGUCGAAUGAAUUCAUAAAGAUAUAUACAUAUAAUUCCAAUGGUAUGAAAUAAAAAUCAAAAAUAUUUUAUAAUACGAUCAAAAUAUCAGCCAAAUAUAACUCUGUCAAAAUUGCCGACAGCAUAGAUCCUACUUCAUAAAUGCAAUAUUUAUAAUCUAACGAAUCGAUCUAAUCGCAAAUAAACGAUGUAGGAAAGGUAUGGAUGACCUCAUUGGAACACAACAGUAAACUUACAAUGUUUACAUACUACUGAAAUAAACUAUGCCACAAUACUUCAAGAGACAUGUUUGAUAACAAGGGAAACUUAAAAACAUCAUGAAGUGUGCAGUGAAAGUAUCUAACUAGAGAAGAAGUAAUCGCGUAGGAAGGCGGAACGCGGGUUUACUAUAAUAAGUAGUAACAAGUAGAAACAUCAGAAGGUGUAAGAAGAAGGAAAGUGGACAUAUAGCUACACAG